GAAGCCGGAAGUCCGGUGGGGGUCCGUGCGUCGCGAUGGAGGAGGAUACGUACGAGUCGGUUCUCUGUGUGAAGCCGGAGGUCCACGUCUACCGCAUCCCUCCGCGAGCCACCAACCGUGGCUACAGGGCCUCAGAGUGGCAGCUGGAUCAGCCGUCGUGGAGUGGCCGGCUGCGCAUCACUGCAAAAGGACAGGUGGCCUACAUCAAGCUGGAGGACAAGACCUCAGGGGAGCUCUUUGCUCAGGCUCCAGUGGAUCAGUUUCCAGGCUCAGCUGUGGAGAGCGUGACCGAUUCCAGCAGGUACUUCGUCGUCCGCAUUGAAGAUGGAACUGGGCGACGGGCCUUUAUUGGGAUUGGCUUCGUGGACCGAGGGGAUGCCUUUGACUUCAAUGUAGCAUUACAGGACCAUUUCAAGUGGGUGAAACAGCAGUGUGAGUUUGCAAAACAAGCCCAGAACCCAGACGAAGGACCCAAGUUGGACCUGGGCUUCAAGGAGGGCCAGACCAUCAAGAUCAACAUCGCAAACAUAAAGAAGAAGGAAGGAGCAGCUGGGACUCCCCGAGCCCGGCCUGCCAGCACAGGAGGUCUGAGCCUGCUUCCCCCUCCUCCGGGAGGCAAGGCCUCCACACUCAUCCCACCUUCUGGCGAGCAGUUGUCUACAGGAGGCUCCCUCCAGCCAGCCGUUGUUCCUGGUUCAGGAAAUGCUGCUGUGUCCUGGCCCCAGUCCAAGCCUGCCACUGCUGCCACCGCUGAUGUUUGGGGAGACUUCACAAAAUCUACAGGGCCGCCUUCCAGCCAGACGCAGCCAGGCACAGGCUGGGUCCAGUUCUGACCUGUACAGCUUUGUCCUCAUCCAACUUUUGGGAAGGAGCUGUCUCAUGUGAGCCCAAGGAAGGAGGCAGCGCGCUCUUGGAUGCUCCCUGGUGUGUCUCUCUUCUUCAUAGCCCGAGCAUAUGAAGCGGUAAAUUGGCACCAUGUUGCACUA